AUGUCUUGCUAUGACCUGGCCACCACCUCCGCCUGCGGUGUCAUCCGUCCCCAGCCCCUCGCUGACAGUGGGAAUGAGCCGUGUGUCCGCCAGUGCCCUGAUUCUACAACUGUGAUCCAGCCACCUCCCGUCGCCGUCACCUUCCCUGGCCCCAUCCUCAGCUCUUUCCCCCAGGAUGCAGUUGUGGGAUCUGCUGGAGCACCCGUCCUUGGGGGCUAUGGGGGCUUUGGCUCCCUUGGCUCUGGGGGUUAUGGCUAUGGAGGCUUUGGGGGUCUCUAUGGCUCUGGGGGCUAUGGCUCCCUGGGUUUUGGGGGUCUCUAUGGCUCUGGGGGCUAUGGCUCCCUGGGCUUUGGGGGUCUCUAUGGCUCUGGAGGCUAUGGCUAUGGNNNNUGCAUCCCUUCCUCCUACCGGUACGGCAGGUACAGCCGCGGCAUCUGCGGGCCCUGCUAA